AUUGAGGAAAGCGGAAAGUAACAAAGAGCGAAACUGCAACGAAAUGCCGACCAAAUGACUGGGCGACACACCAAUUUCUGCUCGCGCAAAAUCACCAAAUUUUUAUUUGUAUCUCGAACAUGGUGCGAACAGGUCAUGACUGCGGCAAUUUAACAAACGGGCAAAGAAAAAUAUUUUAUCUAUGCAUAGCAAGUUAAAAAAAAUGUUGUGUUUGUUAAUACUACAUUGAAAAACAAAUACAAGAAUACACUACUUCUGCAGCUACAUAAGUGCAAGUGUUUGGAAAUUAAAAUACAUAUGUAUACAAUUUAAUUCAAUGGAAAAGUAUUAAAAAGUUAAAUUUAUAGCAAGUGUGGCACUAAGUGCUAACAACAAGUAGAAAAAGAAAUGAGAAUACAAAAUAAUUAACAAAUAAGUUGCUCACAGCGCAUUCUAUCAGACCUCGAUUGAGUGAAUUUAGCAGGUGCGGAGAGUUGUGAAAAACAUACACACUCAUACAAUAUAUAUAUAUAUAUAUACAAAAUAAAAAAGAGACAUUGUCUAGAGGCAAACGUUUUAGCCGAAUAUCCCAAAACCAAAAAAGCAAAUAAAAAACACAAGUUUAAGUAAGCAUAACUUAGUGCGGGGCGUUAAGGUGAGCAUGCAUAUUGAACGAAGUUAGCUGGAACGGCGUUGCGACGUUGACUUUGGCAUCGUCGAUAACGACUACGAAUAGUAGAAUACUAUGCCUGGCUGGCUGCACGACUACAGCAACAAGCUCAAUGAAUGAGGCGCACAGUAAUUUGCUAAUCCAUAAAAAUAUGUGAAAAAUCGGCACAAAAAAAAAAACAACAACAAAUUACGAGAGCAGCAAUUGCGAAAAAAAAUGUGUAGAAAAUUUGGUCAAAAUAUUGAAUUGUUUGUAUAAUUUCUACUAUGCUAAAGUGUUUUAGUACUUAAACGCGUGUGUGCCUGUGCAAGUGUAUUUGCUCUGCUUGCUUAUAAAACUAAUAAUAAAUUUUUGCAAAAAUUAUAAAUAAAAAAAUUUGAUUUACCGACAUACAUAUGUACAUGUGUACAUACGUGUACGUGCCGUCAUAUCUACUAAUUUGUGUGAAAUUAUAUUAAUCACGCGAGAGCAGCUGAAUUAAAGAAAUCUACAUACCUAUGCACAUACAUACAUAUGUAGCUGAUCUCAGCGUAUGCAAAGUGAUUUGAAUUGCCGCUGCCGCCGCUAUUUCUUAUUGUUACAUUUUCGCUGCCUCAACUACUAUAUACAUACAUACAUAUGUAAUAACACGCGUCAGAUUUUUCCGCCGGCUUGCUGAAAUGCAUCGAUAUACAGCACGCGUCUUCUACAUAUAAUCUGCAACUGUAAAUUAGUAAAGAAUACUGUAAAAAUUACAAUUAAUAAGGCAAAAGCUUGCUGUAAAGCGUCAAUAAGAGAAGGAUUUGAGUGAAAAUCAACCAACACAAUAAAAGAAGAAACAAUUUUAUAAAAAUAAAUACUGCGACUUUCACUGAAAAUGAAAUCGUAAAGCAAAUUAACCAACGAAUAACGAUUAGUGCUUGAAAACAACGGUGCUAAACUGGAUGAACUGGUUAUAAUUAGAUAUCAUCCACGUCAUGCUUUAGAAGCUGCUUUGGAGAGCUUAACCAUAAAUACAAUGAAAAUAAACUAUAAUUCCAUCAAUAUCGUUCGCCCGUACUCAUGAGUGCUAACCGAUUUGCGCGUAUGGAUGUAUAAAGUGUUUGCAAAAUGUUGAACACAUCAACGUAUGUAUCCAUUGGACCGGUUGAGGUGCCCAAGGCACUACAGGAUGGCGAGAAAUUCAUCAGAUGGGAUGAUGACUCGGGCACAGGCACACCCGUCACUAUGCGUGUGGAUCCCAAAGGAUUCUAUUUAUAUUGGAUUGAUCAAAACAACGAGAUGGAUAUACUUGACAUAGCGACCAUUCGGGAUACGCGUACAGGAGCUUUUGCCAAAAAACCAAAAGAUUCAAAACUGCGCCAAAUUGUAACGCUUGGAUCUCAGGACACAUUGGAGGAAAAAACUGUUACCAUUUGUCAUGGUUGUGAUUUCGUAAAUGUUACAUUUGUGAAUUUCUGCUGCACGAAAAGAGAGAUUGCACAGCAAUGGUGUGAUGGCAUUAUGCGUUUGGCUUACAGUUUAGCCAGACUGAAUGGGUCAGCUAGCAUUUUUCUACAGAAGGCGCAUACCAAGCUGUGUCUGCAGGUUGACAAGAGUGGCAAAAUUCCAGUAAAGAACAUCAUCAAAAUGUUCGCACAGAAUAAGGAGGAUCGGAAACGCGUGGAGAAGGCCUUGGACAUGAGUGGCUUACCGUCGGGGAAAAUUGAGACUUUGUCCUUGCCGAAAUUUCACUUUGAGGAUUUUUUCAAUUUAUACAAGAAUUUAACGCAACGCAGUGAGGUGGAGAGGAUAUUCGAUGGCAUUGUUGGCAAUUCAAAACGCAAAUGUAUGUGCGUGGCCCAGUUAGUGGAGUUUCUCAAUAAAACACAGCGCGAUCCACGUUUAAAUGAGAUUUUAUAUCCUUAUGCGAACGCAGCACGAGCCAAAGAGAUUAUACAAGAGUAUGAGCCGAAUAAAUUCAAUGCGCAGAAAAACCAGCUAAGUUUAGACGGUUUUCUAAGGUACUUAAUGUCUGAUGACAAUCCCAUUGUGGCGCCGAGUAAACUAGAUUUAUGCGAUGACAUGGAUCAGCCAUUAUCACAUUAUUUUGUUAACUCAUCGCACAAUACCUAUUUAAUAGGACAUCAAUUGACAGGCAAAUCGUCGGUGGAGAUUUAUCGUCAAUGCCUGUUAGCCGGAUGUAGAUGCGUAGAAUUGGAUUUCUGGAAUGGUCGCACUGAUGAGCCCGUCAUUGUGCAUGGCUACACACUCGUUCCGGAAAUCAAUGCGAGGGAUGCACUGGAGGCAAUCGCUGAGACCGCAUUUAAAACAUCGGAAUUUCCUGUGAUAUUAAGUUUUGAAAAUCAUUGCAAUCCAAGGCAGCAGGCUAAAAUCGCCAACUACUGCCGUGAGAUAUUCGGUGACAUGUUAUUAGAUAAACCGCUAGAUUCUCAUCCGCUAGAGCCUAAUGUUGAUUUACCGCCACCAUCAUUACUUAAGCGUAAAAUUAUCAUUAAGAAUAAACGAAAACAUCAUCACCAUCAUCGGCAUAAGAAGGGCGCAACAACAGCAACAGCGGCGGUCAGUAAAUUGUCGACAGCGAACUCAGUUGAUGCAUCUAGCAAAGUGUCAGUAAACCAUGCUGCCGCCGCCGCCACCACACCAUCUGCCAUACAACAACAAGCCUCUGUCCAGGGUGAAAAUGCAACAGCUGCUGGCGGCGGGUCAGUUUUAUCGACACCGGUGAUGACGGGCAAUGGAGACAUUAGCAAUACAAUAUAUCCGCCACCAUUGCAGCAAAUUCGUCAAAGCUCCAAGGAUAGCACCGGCUCUUCAGAUACCGACAGUUCGAGCGAUGAUGAAUCUAUGCCAAAUGCCACACCCAAUCCGCCAGUUGGCGCUGAUCCAACUGCAGAGAAGCCGCAAAAGGAAACUGAAGCAGCAGCUGAACUCUCAGCGCUGGUCAAUUAUGUGGAACCGGUGCAUUUCUAUACAUUCGAAAGUGCCGAAAAAAAAAAUCGUUGCUACGAAAUGUCCUCGUUUGACGAGAAACAAGCUACCGCGCUGCUCAAAGAGCGUCCCAUUGAAUUUGUGAACUACAAUAAGCAUCAGCUAUCUCGAGUUUAUCCAACAGGCACCCGCUUUGAUAGUUCCAAUUUUAUGCCGCAGCUCUUUUGGAAUGCCGGCUGUCAGCUGGUGGCGCUCAACUAUCAAACUUUGGAUUUAGCUAUGCAAUUGAAUUUGGGCAUAUUCGAGUAUAAUGAUCGUUCUGGGUACUUACUGAAGCCAGAAUUUAUGCGACGCACCGAUAGACGUUUGGAUCCGUUCGCGGAGAGUACAGUCGACGGCAUUAUAGCAGGCACUGUGUCCAUAACGGUGUUGUCGGGACAAUUUCUAACAGAUAAACGUGUGGGCACAUAUGUGGAGGUGGAUAUGUUUGGACUGCCGGCAGAUACAGUGCGGAAACGUUUUCGUACGCGUAUUGUACGUGAUAAUGGCUUGAAUCCGGUUUAUGAUGAGGAGCCGUUCGUUUUCAAGAAGGUGGUGCUGCCCGAGCUGGCUAAUAUACGUAUAGCAGCCUACGAAGAGGGCGGCAAAUUCCUUGGCCACCGCGUUCUGCCCGUCAUUGGCUUAUGUCCUGGCUAUCGUCAUGUAAAUCUGCGCACCGAACUGGGACAGCCCAUGACUUUGGCAUCACUCUUCCUCUAUAUUGUUGUUAAGGAUUAUGUGCCAGAUGACUUGUCAAAUUUCGCUGAGGCACUAGCCAAUCCGAUUAAAUAUCAAAGUGAGCUAGAGAAACGCGACAAACAAUUGGCCGUACUGACUGAGGGCACCGAACCGAUCUCUUCGGACGAGGACAUAACCAACUCAUUCGUUUUUGUACAAGUAGGUGGCCAGAAAAAGGAACUCCGCCCCGUCGAGUCGACGACCAUGAGUCCGAAACAUCGUACCAGUAUUACCGCUGCCACAGCCACCAGCGUAGAAGCAACGUCUGGUAUGGAUCAAGACACAGCAGAUUCGGGCACUGCCGGCGGCCCGGGCUUCACGCAUCAACAUUCACUCGACUCAACAGCACAGACAUCUAUUAGACAGGUGGAGUCGUCACAGUUCGAUGUAGAUCUGGUGCGCGCUGAGCCGUUGGAUAAGAUACUUGAUCACAAGAUGGUGCGUGAGAAACGUAGCGAGAUGGAAAAGAAGUUGGAGUCAUUGCGCAAGAAGCAUGAUAAAGAGAAAAUUAAGAUCGCCACACAAAAAUCCAGUCCCAUGGAUGGUAAUAAGAAGCCCAUGUUCAACAUUGCCAGCAAAUUGAAGAAACGUCUGAGCAAUAAGAGUCUUAUUUGUCUUUCCCCUAGCGACACGGGUGUGGAGGUGCCCGCCUGUAUGCCAGAUAUUGGUGAUCUCAACGAUGAGUAUGUCGACGGCGCCACGAGUAGCGGUGGUGAGAGCCCCGCGCUAGUCACACGCUCUCAACAAGAUCGCAUGCUUACCUCGUGCCGAGAGUACUCAACGCAGUAUCGAGAUAUUCAAGAGAAAUAUCAUGAAAUCAUUUACGCUUUGGCCGAUAAGGUUUUGCGUAAUUCGCAGGCAAAUCAAAUGAAGCAACUGAAGGCAUCACUGGAUCGUGUCACCUCUGAGGUAAUGCAUCAGCUGCAGGAAGCGCGGCGUACGGAGGUGAAAAACUUGUCAUCCGUUCAUCGUGAUCGUGAUGAGUUAGUGAGAAUGAAGCGUGAAGUGGCCAGCUCGGUUGUGGAGCGUGGUGUUGCCGAACGUGUGCGUCUGAAGCAAACAUACGAUAAACGAACCGAUGAUCUACAGAAACAACACGAAAUUGUGCGCAAUGGGCUAACUGAUCAUCGAAACAAGGCCCGUCAAAUACUCGAAAAGGAAGCCGAGUCUCGAACUUGUAUUUUUAGCAAUGGAUUCCUGGUGCUGUUCCAAAGCGGCGGUGGUAGUGGCGGUGGGGCCGCUUCCACGUCCGCCACAAGCAAUAAUCUCACAUUGAAUUUAAACGGUGGCAACACCAUAUCACCAGCGCGUUCAAGUAACAGUAUCACGAAUAGCACUGGCGCAAGGAAUAAAGAUGAUUUGGGCGGUGGCGGAGGUGGGGGAACUGAUGAUGCAACUGGCGCUAAUGCUUAUGCUGGUGCUGCGGCUGGUGUUUAAACCCCGCAUCGUCAACGUAUACAAUGAAACAGUAUUUGUUGUUCUUGCGAAAAGGAAAGCAAGCUGAAGAGAGGUUUAACCAGACCUGAAAGUCAAACUAAACAAAUAAAUACAUAAAUUAAAGGAUUAAUUAUAGAGUAGAUGAAAUAUUAAAUGUGCGUA